UUACCAAAAAAAGCAAAAGUGAAAUAGGAAAAUAAAAAACUGCAAAAGUACGUAGAGAACGAACGAAAGAAAGAAGGAAAGAAAAUGGAGACUCUGGUGUCAUCAUUUUUCAAAAAACUUGGAGAAUACUUGGCUACUCUUUGCGGAGAACAUGUUGGCUAUCUGAUUUCCUCUGAGAAGAACAUCACGAAAGUAAACGAGCAUUAUCAGAAGCUACUUUUAAAGAAGGAGGCCGUGCAACAGUCCGUUGAAGGAGCCAAUUGGAAUCAAGAAGUAAUCGCACGUGAAGUUCAAACAUGGCAAACAAAUGUGGACAUAAGAAUUGAAGAGCUGCGAAAAUUCCUUGAAGAAGAAGUUAAUGCUGAUACGAUGUGCUUGAAUGGGUGGUGCCCAGACCUAAAGUUUCGUUACUCCUUAGGUAAGAAAGCUCAAAAGAAUACUCAAGCCAUAGUCGAGCUAUUACAAGAAGGUGAAAAAUAUGAGCGGGUGUUCAUUCGUGCUCCUCCGUUGGAAGUAGGAUCAACAUCCAAAGGACGCUUUAAGAAUUUCGAGUCAAGAAAGACAAAGAUUAAUCAAGUUUUGGAGGCUCUAAGGGAUGACAAGAUGGACAUGAUUGCGAUAUGUGGUAUGGGAGGCAUCGGGAAGACAGAAAUGGCCAAAGAGAUAGCCAAAAGAGUAAAAAGUGAUAAUUUAUUUGAUAAAGUUGCAAUUGCAAUGGUGUCUCAAAAUCCAAACCUGAAGGAGAUUCAAGCUGCAAUUGCGGAGUGCCUAGGCCCGAAACUUAAUGAAGAGUCUUUAUCAGGAAGAGCAACUCAACUACAUUCAAGACUAGUGAAGAGUACGAAGGUCCUUAUAAUACUGGAUGAUGUUUGGGAACCACUUGAUCUCGAGGCUAUUGGAAUUCGUCAUGGAGAUAAAGAUAAUAGAUGGAAAAUCUUGCUUACCUCAAGAAAUGAAGAAACUUGCAAUCAAAUGAAUACUCUUAAGAUUUUUCCAAUCGAACUCUUAUCUAAAGAAGAAGCAUGGAAUUUUUUUAGAGAGAUGGUAGGUGAUUCAUGUAGUGGUAGCCCCAGUCUACGACUAAAAGCCAAAAUGGUUGAAGAGGAAUGCGGACGUUUACCUAUUGCUAUUGCAACUGUUGGAAGUGCUAUGAGAAACAUUAGCAAUGAAGAUGAGUGGGAUGGCGCGCUUGAGCAGCUUAGAAAGUCUAUUCCACAUAAUAUCCCUGGUCUACAUCCAAGGGUCUAUGCCAGCAUAGAGUUCAGUUACAGUCAUUUAAAAAGUGAAGAAGCCAAGCCAUGCUUUCUUCUGUGUUGUUUGUUUCCAGAAGAUUAUAAUAUACCUAUUGAAGAUUUAGUAAGAUACGGAGUUGGGCGAAGGUUGUUUGCAGACAUUGAUACAAUAGCAGAAGCAAGGCGAAGAGUCCAUGCAAUUGUUCAUAAUCUUAAAAGAUCAAAUCUAUUGCUAGAUAGUGGGAAAAAAAUAUUCAUUAAAAUGCAUGAUGUUGUACGGGAUGUUGCCAUAUCAAUUGCAUCCAGAGAUGAACAUGGUUUUAUGGUUAGAUGUGAUGUUGGACUUAAAGAAUGGCCACAAAAGGAUACAUAUGAAGGCUUUGCCGCAAUUUCUCUUAUGCUUGGAAAAAGAACAAAACAUCCUGAAGGGUUGAACUGUCCUAGACUUCAGCUUUUAAAACUGUCAUCUUCUAAUUUUGAUCUCCCACCUAAUAUGUUUGACGGAAUGAAGGAAAUAAGAGUGUUGUCUUUGGAAAGAAUGUCUUUCAUGGUACCAUUGCCAACAUCAAUUCAAGUCCUUAAGAACCUUCGAAUGUUGAAGUUGGAGUAUUGUUCUGACAAAUUAAAAGAUGUGUCAAUAAUUGGAGCACUUGAGAAACUAGAAAUGCUGAGCUUUUUUGGUUCUGGGAUCAAAGAGGUUCCGAAGGAAAUAGGAAAUCUUAGUCAGCUGAAGUUGCUAGAUCUAUCGAAAUGCUAUUAUCUUGAGCGAAUUGCAGCUGGUGUCCUAUCAUGUUUAUCUCGACUGGAAGAAUUGUACGCGUAUGAAUUUCAAAAUUGGAAAUCUACAGGAGGAAAUGGAGGAGGAACAGAUAAUGCAAGCCUUGCCGAAAUAAUCCCGUAUUCCCAUCAAAUGAUGGCUUUAAAAAUUUCUCUGCCAAGUAUAAAGUUCUUGCCACAAGACUUGCACUUCAAAAACCAAAAGAUGAAAUUUGGGAUAAACAUUGCACCUUGGAAUGAUGAAGACAUAUAUUUAAGGCGGGUUAAUACCCAUGAAAAGCAAGAAAUGAGAUAUUUUUCAGAAGACGAAUUGAGACUCGAUGGUGACGCAAGAGAUAUUGUGGAAAAAUCUCUGGCGAAUAUUGCUCCACUAUUGGAUAAAUCUCAAGUUUUGAUAUUGAAGAAUAUAAAAAACUCAAAAAAUAUUUUGCAUGAUUUAGACCGAAAAGGUUUUCCAUACUUGAAGGAUCUUCUAGUUGUUCGUUGUGAAGAUUUAGAAUAUUUGCUCGAUGUCAGACCAGACGACACUCUACAUGUUGUUGCCUUCCCUCUCUUGGAGUCACUAAAGCUCGCUUUGUUGGCUAAUUUAAAAUAGAUAUAUUAUAGCAAAGUCUCGGAGAGGUCCUUUAGUAGUAGAGGUGCCCUCAACAACCUAAGAUAUCUUCAGUUAAUGGAUUGCAGGAGUUUGAAACAUGUCUUUUCAGUGCCCAUAGCGAGCAGUUUGGUUCAACUCCAAGAGUUAGACAUAACCUGUUGUGAAAAUAUAGAACAAAUUUUCUCAUUGGAAGGCAGAGAACAUAAGAAGGCAUUUUUUGAAAUGAAUUUGCCGAAAUUGAAGAAAAUGAGGCUCUGGAAACUACCAAUGCUCAUUGGUUUUUGUAAAGCAAUGGAUCCUGUUGAUGAGAUAAAUGGAUCUAGCACUGAACUAUUUUCAUCCAACACCAUUUCUUGGAUACCCAAUUUAGAAGUACUUGAGGUUUCGGAUUCAUAUAGGCUACAAGUACUAUUUAAUCUGGAACUGGAAGGACAAAAGGUCAAAGAGGACUGUACACUUUCUCAAUUGAAAACUCUGUCCUUGUACAGUUUAUCAGCAUUGACACAUGUGUGGAAGAAUAUUCCGCAAGGAUUUCAAGGCUUUCACAAUCUGAAGCAAAUUGAAAUCACCAGUUGCGAUAAUCUAACAUAUUUGUUUUCAACUUCUGUUGCGAAACUGCUUGUACAAGUUCAAGUAGUAUAUAUUUCAGAGAGCAAUCUGAUCGAAAAUAUUAUUCAAAGAGAGCAAGAAGCUGGAGAAGAAAGGGAAACAGAUGUGAUUGUAUUCCCUAAACUUCGUUACAUCCUAUUGUGGCGUUGUCCGAAAUUGAAGACAUUUGGGUCAGAAACUCAGAGCCGAAGAAAACCAAAGAAAAUGGACACAAAACUGGAUUCAAGAGUAGUAGUACGAGAUUCCCCUGAUUUUCUUGGCGGAUGCCUUGAGUCAUGUGUACCACAUCGCAAGAAUUAUAAACCGAUGGUUAUGUCAGAUCAAAGCAUCAGCAAGAGAUCCAAAGGAAGCUCCUCUGUAGGGAGAACUAAACACUACAAUCCUGGACAAAUACCAAAUAAUCCUGCAAUCACAGAGGUUACAUUGACUAAGCAAGAGCAAAGUGUGGCUCUUAUCCAAUCCAACUUGGUUGAGACUCUGCAAAAUCUAGAAAAACUUGAUGUAGGUGAUUGUGAUUUAUUGGAAGUGAUAUUUCAACUGGAGGGACUGCAUGUUGAGGAAAGCCUUGUCUUCGACAAUUUGACACGGUUAAGUUUAUCCUGUUUGCCAAAACUGUUGCAUAUAUGGAAGAAGGGUCCACAAGAAAUUAGAGGCUUCGGUAACUUGAAAAUUCUACAAGUCGAUUGGUGUGGCAAUUUGAAAUACUUAUUCUCACCAUUUGUAGCUAAACUUCUCGUGAAAUUAGAGAAAAUGGAAGUUAUGGGCUGCAAUGAAAUGGAUAAAAUCCUUGCAAAAGGAUCAGGAGAAGAAGAAGAAAGAGAGGUGAUUGUAUUUCCCCGAGUGAAAUCCCUUUUACUCGAGAGAUUACCAAAAUUAGAGUGUUUUUGCAACGAAGCUAAUGCUUUUGAGUGGCCAUCCCUGGAGACAAUAACAAUAUUUAGAUGCAACAACUUGAAAAUGUUUGUCCCAACAGAGAUGAAAACUCCUAAACUACAAGGAGUAUAUACAAAUCACUCAAAAACCUUACAACCCAUGGUAGGAGUAGACCUCAAUGCCACCAUACAACACAUGAUCAUCAAAGGAAAGGACGGCUCCAAUGAUGAGGGCUCCAAUGAAAUCUACGCUUCAUCAUAUUUGAGUAGAUCUCGAAGGUACUCGUGUUAUGACAAGAUCAACUUAGUACAGAUCAAUUGCAAUAUGGUCCGUAAGAGUUCUUGUCCAAGACUAUUAAUUACUGGUUCUACAGCUUGUACCAAUCGAGUGUUGAAGUCUAGGAAUGCUUUAUGCAGUUAGCUCUUAUUAUUUCCUCCGUUUUUUUAUUAUGUAUCUAAGUAGGAAACUAUCUCUUUGUAACAGAUUCCAAGUAUAUCAUGAUGACUAUAACUCUUCUUAUUGUACUUGUGUAUCAAAUUCUAUAUGCUGAAGACAUGUUUC